AGAAAAUAAAUAUAUUACUCCAAUAUUAUUAUUGAUGGUACUCAAUGUUCAAUGUUCAAAGUUCAAACACAUUGAUAGAAAGUUAUAGGUACAAAUUGUGAUGAAACGACCAAAGGAGGAAUGAUCCCACUAGGGGAACCAUAAGCAAAAAGUUGAAAAAGCUUGAAGUAGCAUUAAGGGUAUCCAUGUCUAAGGGGCUUCUUUUUCUUACAACUACCAUUCUUCAUGCAACAACAUAGGUUAUUCCUUUAUGAAAGCAAUAAGAUGUGUUCUAAUUAAGAACAUAGAAAGGUGAAUGGAGAAUUUUGCUUGAAUGAUGUCACACAUCUUCAUGGCAAAACAGAAUAGCUGGUUUGGGUGGGUGAAGAGGUUAUUCACAUCUGAGUCAAACAACAAAAAACCAAAGAAAUGGGGAUGGGGACUUGGAAGGCUAAAGGGGAAACAACAGUACCCAAAAAUCACUGCUCCAAGAAGAGCAUUGAUUGAAGCAAGUGCAGAGCAAAGAAAGCAUGCAUUGACAGUGGCAAUUGCAACUGCAGCUGCGGCCGAGGCUGCAGUUGCGGCUGCACAUGCUGCUGCCGAGGUUGUCAAGCUCACCGGUGGUUCUUGCUCUUAUUCGUUCUUGGCCAAAGGUGAUCGGAGCCUCGCCGCCAUCAAGAUUCAAAGCGCUUACCGCGCACAUCUCGCAAGGAAAGCAUUAAGAGGACUGAAGGGAGUGACAAAACUGCAAGCUCUCAUUCGUGGUCAAGCAGUGAGACGUCGAGUGUCCAGGGCUUUGAAGAAUUCGGCCACCAGUGCAGUUAAAAUCCCGGAAACAAUCAGCCAAAUAGAAGAAAGGUACAGAAAAGACCAGAUAAUUUCUUUUGCAAAGCAAAAGAACAAGUUACAUGAAAAAGAAUUGAAGCUACAGCCAGAAGGGCAUAGACAUAGUCCAAUAAGUUGGGAUUCUAGGUUGCAGUCAAGAGAAGAUAUUGAAGCCACAUGGUUGAGAAAGCAAGAGGCCGCUGCCAAAAGAGAACGCAUGAAGCAAUAUUCCUUUUCACAAAGGGAAAGAAAACUUCCCCAAAUGAGUGAAGAAUCUGUUCACAACAAGGAAUAUAAAAACGAGAGAAUCCGCACUUUAGGCCAAUGGCUAAAUAAGGAAGCCGAUGACUCGAAUACACACCACCAUAAACAAGAUCAUCCCUCGAACUUUAUUACAAGAGAAGCACAUCAAGGACUCAGCCCGCAAAUUUCGAUUCCCCGGAGAUCAUUUUCGCAUACAAAAAGAUGUUCGGUUGGAGCUAUUGAUAUCUCCCUACCGAAUUCUCCGGUCCUUCCAACUUACAUGGCCGUGACUGAAUCCAGCAAAGCGAAGGCGAGAUCUAUGAGCACGCCACGGCUAAGAACAGGGUAUUUGGACACAUGCUCCAACAAGAGCGAGUCUCGGAAAUAAGGUGUUUCCUAUUGUAAUGGUGCAACUAUCAGCAGAGAUUCCAGAGCAUAAAAGGCCAUUCUAUGACUAGAAGAUAUCAAAUAUGGUGUGUCAAUUGCUGAAACCUUGAGAAGGGUUGAAAACUCACUAAGUUCAUUUCAUAUGUUUUCGUCCUUCACAUUACUCUAGUA